AUUGAAUUAAAUUGAAUUAAAUGCACUUUAUUUCAGGAUGGAGAAACUCGACGUCAAAUUAUCGGCCAUCUUUGGUCUAAGUCUGUUUGGAACUCUCUCUGUGAUCUCGGCUAUUGGUCUCGUGACUGUUGGAAUAUAUGCCAUCCUGGAAGAAGGGAUCGUCCUUAGCAUCAAGACACCAUUGUGGGUCGGUGGAGCUGUUUUCAUUGGAGGAAUACUCACUAUCGGUAUAGCACUAUGUGGCAAGAUUUCUUAUUUGAAGAGUCUUAUUCUGAUCGUGAUAAGCGGAGCGUCGUUCCUGCUCUGUUUCGCCAGUAUGUUGCUUCUGGAGUUUGCAGAAAAGAUGAGUAUCUUCCUACCUGCAAGGCAUGAUCACAGUGGCCCAGUCUCAAUGGAUACACGGUGGCGUUCACCAUACGUCAUCUACCUCGUAUACCUGGUAUCUAGUGUAGUCGGUAUGGUCUCGGCCCUGGUAGGGUUUCUCUAUAUCUACUGUCUACUCAUCGCCCCGGUAAGGAACCGACAAUGGAAGUUAUACCAGACCCAGUCCGAAGCCACGAGCCAGGACCAGACCCAGACCGAAACCAAGAACCAGGACCAGGCACCGGAACAGCACGCCAGGACCAAGUACAAAUUCAAGAAUACACCUUCAUCCAAAGACAACAAAGACAAGAUAUCAAUGAAAAGCAGAGGACGGCACGGGAGUGAUUUGCCUGAAACUUCAUGGAUCUAUGAUUCGCAGAGUAUUCAUUCACUGGUGGCCACCCCUACCAAGGCAUUCCCAACGGAAAAAGAAACGCAACUCAAAAAGGAUGUUGUGGACGAGCUUCGGCAUACUAGCAGCUUCAAGAUUCACCGAUACCAGACCCUCCCAACCCCAUCCCCAGUUCCUCCACCCCUCCCUCCUAUAAACCCCUCCGCUCUGUAUCCUCGUCCUACCCCACCCGAGCAAGUCAAGAACGAUGUCCUGGAUGACCCUGAACCCAAGCACUGUACAGCCAAGAGCCUGGAGCAUUAUCCGAUACCAAGGAAGUACAGCCUUAGGGGUUCGAAGAGAGGAAGCAAACAUGGCAGGCAGCAUCCAAGUACGUUUAGACAGAUCAGUCCUCAAGGACACAACAGCCCUGGCGAAGGAGCUGUGAAUGUUACCAUGGAACAUCAUCAGGGAUUUCCAGACGUCUCAGAGCAGAACUUUGGCAAAGGGCAUGAUCAGGGAAACAUCGAUGAGUACCACAACACCUUCAGCACGCAUACAUCUCCUAGAAGCCCUACAGAUCAGAAGUUUGCUGCUCUGAGUGAUGAAGCAAGACCCCUGCAAACUCUGCACCAAAAUGCAAGCGAUCUGAUCAGUCUGAAACCAGUACCGGUCAAGCGAUUAUGCAGUAAAAGGAAUUCCAUGCACCAUCAGUCUGCUGCUACUCUACCAGGAUAUGACCAGAUCACACUCGAUCCACCCAGCCCUCAACAUGAUAGUGUUCAUUGUGAUGACCAGUGUUGCCUUCCAUUGCCACCGGUGCAAUUCCAGGAGAAUGGGAUGACCCACCAGAAACCUGUCAGGCACUUCAACGAUGAAGUGAGUGACAACAAGCAUAGUGAAGCUGCGCAGAAAGGCUACACAGAUAUCAACGGUCAUCCCUGGGAGGUCCACCAGGGACAAGGAGAAUCCACAGACCAGAAGACACAUCCAGUACCAAGCCAGAGGGCAGCCCAUGCAACGGAGAGCGUCUGCGAAACUGAAGCUCCACAGAUGACUCCAACCCAGGUCCACCAACUCUACCAAUCUUCCCAGAAUGAAGAGACAAAACUUGAUGCGAAGGGACAGCACAAUCUCAAUCAACAAGGAUACAUCGUUAUCCAGAAUCCAUCCACGCACUGCGAUACAUCGACUGACAUCACUGACCCAAGCUCGAGUUUUAUCGAGCAACGAUCUGACAAGCCAGUGGCACCUCCUCGUACUUCCCCAAAGCCGAAGCUGCAGCACCAAAGCCAUGUUGAGGAAGCCACCGAAGGGCCACUGCCUGUGCUGCAUCGCAGGAGCUCCAGGAAAGUCCAUGAGCGCAUUCAAGCAGUGCAGAAGAUGCUCGGGAUGGGCAGUAGCAACGCUGACAGUUCCGACCACCCAAUCGAUCAGUCCCCGCCUGUUCCAAAGGACGAAGUGGAUCACCUGCAGCCCCGCCUUGCAGCUACCAAAGUCCAGUUGGACAACUUAGAGGAUCUCUAUGUCACAUCCACAAGGUUGUAGAACGAUGGAUGCUCAAGUAUGCAUAUUUAGUUAGAACUUAAAGUUCAAGAACUCAACAAUCAGAAGAGAAUAGGUCUCUUCCCUUCAAUGGAAUUAAGAUCAAUUAAGAUUUUGAUUUCGUUCAAUAUUUCUUUUACUUGGUUCUUGCUACUACACAUUUUGGACAGGUAGCAUUGAUUUGUAGUCUUUAACAUUCAAAUUAAGUCCAAUUCUGUUAAAUUUAUCUUGCUGCAUUACCAGAAUUCAUGAUAGCUUUUAAAGCAUUUACUAAU